AUGACUAUUUUGAAGUGUGAUGGAGAUGUUGAUAAUAAUUAUGAAGUGCUGGAAGGACAUUCAGUCACUCUGAGCUCUGGUGUCACUGAACUGAAGAAUGAUGAUCAGAUUCAGUGGUGGUUUGGAUAUGACAGCAAUUUAAUAGCAGAAAUCAAUAAACAGACAAACAGAUUCUCUGUAUUUGAUGAUGUUCUUGAUGGGAGAUUCAGAGACAGACUGAAACUGGACAAGAAAACUGGAUCUCUGACCAUCACAGACACCAGAACUGAACAUACUGGAGAAUAUGAACUACAGACCAACGAGAUGAGCAUUAUUGUCUAUCUUCAAGUCUUUGAUAAUAUACGAGCGGCUGAGGGAGAGUCAGUCACUCUGAGUACUGAUCUCACUGAACUGAAGAAUGAUGAUCAGAUUCAGUGGAGGUUUGGAAAUCGAGACACUUUAAUAGCAGAAAUCACUAAACAGACCAGCAGUUUCUCUGUAUUUGAUGAUGUUCUUGAUGGGAGAUUCAGAGACAGACUGAAACUGGACAAUAAAACUGGAUCUCUGACCAUCACAAACAUCACAACUGAACAUGCUGGAGUUUAUAAAGUACAGAUCAACACUGAAAUCAACACUGUUAAACUUAUUGUUUUUGGAGACGAUAAAGAAGUGUCUGUGAAAAAGGGAAAUUCGGUCACUCUGAGCUCUGGUGUUACUGAAAUGAACAAUGAUGAGCAGAUUCAGUGGAAGUUUGGAAAUGAAUACACUUUAAUAGCUGAAAUCAAUAAACAGAACAACAGUUUCUUUGUAUUUGAUGAUGUUCUUGAUGGGAGAUUCAGAGACAGACUGAAACUGGACAAUAAAACUGGAUCUCUGACCAUCACAGACUCCAGAGCUGAACAUGCUGGAGUUUAUAAACUACAGACCAACUAUAAGGAUAUUAUGUUCCUUCUUGCGUUCUAUGAUGAAAUAUCAGUGAAGGAGGGAGAUUCAGUCACUAUAAACACUGAACUCACUGAACUGAAGAAUGAUGAUUGGAGUCAGUGGAUGUUUGGAAAUCGAGACACUUCAAUAGCUGCAUUCAAUAGACAGACCAACAGAUUCUCUGUAAUUGAUGGUGUUCUUGAUGGGAGAUUCAGAGACAGACUGAAACUGGACAAUAAAACUGGAUCUCUGACCAUCACAAACAUCACAUCUGAACUCAUUGGAGUUUAUAAACUAUGGUUACGCAACAGUAGAAAAAUGAGUUUCAUUCUCACUCUCGCUCUGCCUGUUCCUGUCCUCAUCCUCAACUCUUCUCAAUGUUCUUCAUCCUCAUCUUCAUCAGUGCAGUAUUGUUCAGUGCUGUGUUCAGUGGUGAAUGUGAGCGCUGUGAGUCUCUCCUGGUACAAAGGAAACAGUUUAUUGUCCAGCAUCAGUGUGUCUGAUCUCAGCAUCAGUCUCUCUCUACCUCUGGAGGUGGAAUAUCAGGAGAAAAACACCUACAGCUGUGUGAUCAACAACACCAUCAGCAACCAGACUCAACAUCUGGACAUCAGUCAACUCUGUCCCACAUGUUCAGGCUCUGUUCACUGCUGUGGUCCUACUGAAGCUGUGAUCCGAUUGGUCCUCUCUGUUCUGGUGGGCGUGGCUACUGUCAUUAUUGUGCUUUAUGACAUCAGAUCCAGAAGAGCUCAGAAGGGGGUUGGGCAGAGAUUAUAAUUUGUUUGCGAGCAUCCGGGAGUCUCUAUGCAUAUGCAGGAGACUCCAGGAACUUCUGGGAGACUUGGGAUGUCUGCAUAUUAGUGUAUUAAUGCGCCUCGUGUAAGUUUAUGACUUUUCUAUCAUUUUUUGUUUAAUAUUAUUAUUCUAUGUAUUCAUUACUCUUUUCAUCUAUAUUGUAUAUUUAACUGGAAGCUUAAGGGAUUUUAAAAAUUCAAAUUAAGAUUGUAUCUUUCCCGGUUUUUCAAUAAACUUGCCGCACUCCGAGGUUC